AAAAACGUACAUAUACAGUAAAACCAUUAAAAUUCAAAUACUUUAUUCUUAAUAAUAAAACAGAGAAGUUUAAUUUUCAAAUAUUUGGUAAAUGACAAUGCUAUUUAUAUAUAAUAGACAUUCUUUUUAUGUGCUUUUAAUUUUAGAUUUAUUAAUAAAAAAUAUUAUUGGCGCUUAUCUAUCAGAAAGUAGAAAGCAAAUUAGGAAUACAUGUCCUAUAGAAACAUAUGAGUGUUCAAAUGGCGAUUGUAUAGAUUUUAUAUUUACUUGUGAUGGAAAAGCUGAUUGUUCCGAUAAUUCAGACGAGACUGAAAGUCUUUGCUCGUCACGUUCUAAAUCAUGCCCUGGUUUUGCGUUUCGCUGCUUAUACGGAGCAUGUGUGAGUAAAAGUGUUUUAUGUGAUGGCAAUUUUGAUUGCAUCGAUAAAUCCGAUGAAAACAAUACUACAUGUUAUCAAACAAAGUUUCAAAACACAACUAACCCAACAAUUCAGGUUACAACUAACAAAGUUUUAACGGAAUGCCAAUCGAAACAAUUUCAAUGUGAUUCUGGUGAAUGCAUUGACAGUUUUUUUGUAUGCGAUGGUACAGCAGAUUGCCAAGAUGGAACUGAUGAGACUCGAAAAAGUUGUGAAAAUGUUAGAUGUGAGAGCUAUUCUUUCACGUGUAACUAUGGUGCAUGUAUACCCAAAGAUCAUAAAUGCGAUGGUCAUAAAAAUUGUGCUGAUGGUUCAGACGAAAUCAAAUGUGAUCGAAUUACAACUUCAAUUGUGACUGAAAAGCCUACACAUACCUUUACAUCUAGUCCAGUAAAACCUACCGUAUUACAAUUAGAUUCUGUAAAGACAUGUACAAUAUUUAACAAAGAAGGAAGUGAUUUCUUAUAUUUAGAUGAUUCAGAUAUAAAAUUGAUAUCAAAACCUAUAACACUCAAUACAAAAUUGUACGAAACCAAUCAAAUUCAAGAAAUUUGUAAGUCUGGUUAUUCAAGUAUUACACCACACAGGUUUUUGACGUGUAGAAAAGGAAAUUGGCAUCCAGAUUUUCAUGAUGAGUUUUGUUUAAAAAAUUGUCCAUUUUUGACUUCAAAAACUUUAGACUUCGAGUGUAAAAUAAAUGAUCGUACUGUUGAUUGUUCAGAACCAUUACUUCAAGGAACUUCACUGGUACCUUCAUGCAAAGCAGACUAUCAUCUUUCAAAUGGAUAUAAUGGUGUUUCGAGAAAUCUUUUGUGUGGAAAAAAUGGCCUAUGGAGUGGCAAAUUAUACGAAUGUGAACCACAAUGUGGUAUAAUAGUAGAUCAAUUACAACCACUAAUUUCAAAUGGAAAAGAUUGUAAGCCUAGUGAAGUUCCUUGGAAUGUCGGUGUUUAUUAUAAAGAAGACAAUGUAUACAGCCACAUUUGCAGUGGAUCACUAAUUUCUCAAAAUUUAGUUGUGUCUGCUGCUCAUUGUUUUUAUGAUGAAAAUUUAAAUAAAACAAAAGAUAAGAAUUAUUUUCAAAUAUAUGUUGGAAAGUAUCACAGAAAUUAUGAUUCUAAAAAUGAAAACCAGUACGCUAAAAAUUACAAUAUUGAAACAAUUCAUAUAGGAGAAAAGUAUGAAGGGAGUAAAACAAAUUACAGUAAUGAUAUAGCUAUUCUUGUAUUAUCUAAACCAGUAAAUAUUAGUCCAGCUGUUUCCAUUGUUUGCGUUGAUUGGAAUAAUGAACACCCAGAAGUCAAAAACAGUUCAGGACUGGUUGCAGGAUGGGGAAAAAUAGAUAAAUUCAAAGAGAAAUAUAGUGACACAUUAUUAACAGCUGAAUUACCAUUUAUUAAUAAUACGAGUUGUAAAAUAUAUAUGAGAACAAAUGUUACCGAUCAUAUUUGUGCUGGUUCAACAAAUGUGUCAGAUUCAGGAGUGCAACAAGGAGAUAGCGGAUCUGGUUUAUCGUUCCAACAUAAGGGUUCUAAUUGGAAAAUAAUCGCUGGUCAUAAAGAAGGACAAACACAAGUUGAUAUUCCAUCUUACGAUAGUCGUACUUGGUGGUGUCAUCCUAUAGAUAUCCACUAUUCUACAAAAGGAAUUCAAGGUUGGCCAAAAUUUCACGUUCAAAUAUAUCACUACGACAGGUACGGUCGUAGUGAAAUAUACGGUUACGGAUUUUGUUAUGUACCAACAUCACCGGGCACUCAUACAGUUGAAUGCUAUACUUGGCGCCCAAUAGGUAGUUGGAAAGACGAAUUCCGGCGAUUUUUUUUGGGAGGAGGCGCUCAAUUAAAAACACCCGACUUCGUUUAUUGUGGCACAGAUCGCUAUCGUUUACAAACCGAAGCUCUCGGAGUAGUACACUUUGAGUUGAACAUUAUCGCCCGAAACUUUCGAAAGUACGGUGUAGAGCUAUAACGAUGACUACUGUCUAUAUCGUUUGUUUUGCUUUGGCCGUGGCUGUUGUCGAAGCUAUUCAAGGACCUAGCACUGUAAAAAAUGUCCAAUUGGCAACUACCACCCAAAAAACGAAAACUACUGUAAUAUCAUUAGCCGUUAAUAAAACUGAGCAUAAUCACACUAUUAAGUAUAAUUUGACAACUGCAAACGAUACUGUAAAAAUGAAGACUAAUUUUGAAUCAACUAAUGACACUGUGACAACCCCUAGCAGUAAUAAAGCCGUCUCAACCCAAAAAU